AUGACAGGGCAGUGCGCGGAUCAGCCGAUCACUUACGAACCUUUCCCUGGUCAGGAUGAGGAUAAUGAGGACAAGGACAAGUGGAUGGGAUGGAAGAGGAUGAAGGAGGAAUCAAAUCAGUCACCGAUGAAGAAUGAUUCAGCCCCAGCUGAAUCAACCAGCAAUCCUUCUUGGCCCCUUACGUGCUUCCUGGCUUACCCCCCAUUGUUUCAGCCACAGACUCUAUCAAGAAUCUGGAAAUCUUAUAGCACGACUUCGUAUCUCGUGUUCGUGCUCUCUCACGUCAACCCGGCUCCGCAAGUCCCAAAAGUCUGGGUCAUUCCAGGGCACAGGCCACUGGAUGGUACCACCGUACCUAGAGCAUUGAUAGUGCACAAUGAUGGUGGCUUCAGUAUCCAACUAGUUCGGCCUAAGCAAUCAGCGACCGUGCACUUGGACCACCGCUGA